CGCCCCGCUCCUCUGUGAGCCGAGCGCUGGGGGCUCCUGCAGCCCGACCCGGCUCGGCCCGGCCCCACUCCCAGCCAUGCCGUGGCCGCGGGCGGAGCUGUCUGGGCGGCUCCGGUACCGGGGCGGCUCCCGCGGGCCCCGCCUCAGCCUCCUGCACCUGAAACUCACCGACCCGGCGCUGCGGGCGCUGCGGGACUGUCAGCGGCUGCAGGGCUCAGCCCAGCCUGUCAUCGCCUUCCAAGGGAGCCAGGGGUACAUCAAGAUCCCCUGUGCCCUGGGCAGCCCUGCGGAAGGAGCUCGUCUCUUCACCUUCUACCUGUCCCGCUACAGCAAGGACAAGCCGCAGGCCAGCUUCGACUGCAUCCGGCAGUACGUCUCCAGGCUGGGCCAGAGCCAGCUGGACUGUGUGGGCAGCAUCCAGGAGAAAAUCACCGUCUGUGCCACCGACGACUCGUACCAGCUGACGCGGGCGCGUGUGUCCCAGGCGGAGAAGGAGGCGUGGAGCAGAGCUGCUAUCGAGAUCAAGCCAGCAGCCCCAGGCCAUGGCAAAUGUGUCGCCAUCCCGAAGAAGCUGGGCAUGAGCACCCCACUGAGGAAGUGCCCCACUGGGAGCCCUGCUCCCGGGGGCAGGAAACGUAGCCCCAUGGGGACAGAUCGCAGCGUUCUUGUGAAAUGCCUAGUGCAGCUUCUGGCCUUGCGGCCCCACUGCAAACACGAGCUCCUGGAGCGGCUGAACAGGGUGCAGAUCAGCCUGAAGGACAGGGCCCAGCUGCUGCCCAUGCUGCAGGAGGUGGGGCAGCUGAACCCCCGGGAGAGCAGCUACAGUCUGAAGGAGGAGCUCUUUGGGCAGGUGCAGGAGGACUGGCUGGGCUACACGGCCGAGGAGCAGCAGCAAGUCAGGCAGCUCCUGCGCAGGAAACAGGCCCACGGAGCUGUGGACAGGCCCUUCUUAGUGCCUCUGGAGUGCCCGUCUUGCCAAGGUGCCAGCAGAAGGCCCUUGGGCGUGAAGCGGCUGGCACUGCUGGAUGCCUCGGACCCACAAGGUCUGAAGAAACCCUGUGCCCAAGAGCACCCCUCCAGCUCUCUGGGGUCCCACCGCAGCCUGCAGGAGCCUGGCCUGGAGCAUCGGAGAGCCCAGAGCCAGCGGCAGCCAUGCCAGCUUCCCAGGCCCAGCGCGGAGCUGCAGAGCUCAGAGGAGGAGCCGAGUGAUGGGGAGGGAGGUGAUGACUGGGAAGAGGGAGCUCUGCGCCUGGAGCAGCACCUUUCUGCCCUGCAAGACAGCAGCUCCCGGGCAAGCCCCCCGUUCUCCUUUGCUGAGCUCCCAGAUUACUGCCGGAAAUACAGAGCCAUCUGUUCCGUGGAGCAGCAUCACGCCUACAUGGAGGCGUUCAGUGCGGAUUACGCAGAGUACCGGCGCCUCCACACCAGGAUUGGACACGUGAGCAGGACAUUCAUCCAGCUGGGAGCCAAAAUCAAAACGCUGCCGCACGGGACGCAGGAGCACAAGGCAGUGGAAGACAGAAUCUUACAGGAAUACCGGAGGUUCAAGCAGACCUACCCCAGCUACAGGAAGGAGAAGGACCGCUGCGAGUAUCUUCACCAAAAGCUGUCCCACAUCAAGGGCCUCAUCCUCGAGUUUGAGAAGACAGGGGCUGCCUAGAGGAGCCUGCAGCCUUUCCACUGUCCGUUCUCCUUUCCCUUCAGUGCAGGGGAGGGAAGGGGUGGGGGUUAGUGAACUCUCCUGUAGUAGUACAGUAGUUGCAGACCCCCAGCCUAGUGUCCAGCCCAGCCCAGCCAUUUGACUGCCCUGGGGUGCGUUGGGGGAGGGUGGCAGGACAGAGCAUGUGGCUGUCACAAAGUAGAGAGAGUGGGUGAUGGUCUUAGUGAAUUAUCCCCAGUGAGCUGCUGUCUUACCUGUACCAGCUCCUAAGGGGCACCUGGGGCUAGUGGUGCAGCUCCAGGUUAGGAUGGGUGCCUGUGUCCUGCUCAGGGGGCCAGCCUGCACCACAGAGCUCUGCCUGGGCAGGAGCCCUGGCUUAAGGCUUGUCAGCCAGCAUAGCUCAGGCCAGCUCCAUGCAGUGCUCAGCCUAACUUGUGAUAGGUGCAGCCUAUGCUGUCUGCUGGAGAAGGUGGCUUUUGCCAUCAAGUGGGACCUGCCACCUUCCUUCACUGGCUCUCUCCCCCCUAGGAGCCGAGAGCAUGGUAGAGACUUGCCCAGCAGGGACUGUUUCAAUUGCUAGAGCUAAGGGCACCAUGCCCCUGGGGCUACAGGAGGAAAGGGGUCAGUCUGUGCUGGGGUUUAAUGACUGACACCUGCUUGAGCAGUGUAGGGUAGCAGGAGUUGAGGGGACAGGGAAGUGCCUCACCUUCCUUGGCUGUGCACCCCAUUGUUGGUGUAUCUCCACUAUCUAUCCGUGUUGUCCUUGGAACCUACUGACAUCACUAGGUGGAACUGCAAGGAGGGGGGUGAGAUGGGAAUGGUUGCUUAAGGUCCCUUUGUGCUAUACUGCAGGUGAGGUGGAGGCCCUGGGAGUUGUUCCUGGUUUAUGGCCCUGGGUUAAACAGUUCAUUGUACCAUGUGUGGCUGUGGCCUUCAGCCCUCUCCUAACACCUGCCUGAGCUCCUCCUGCUUUGAAAGUAACUUGCCUGACCCAACCCAGCAGGAGAUACUGAUGGGGCAGGGCUUGGCUGUGGGACUGUAAGUGAUGCAGUUACCAUCACUUUGCCUUUGUUCCCAGCUGGCCUUGGUGGGGGGGAUAGAGCCCUCACAUACAGGCUCUGCUGCUUUGUCUGAGGAAGUGUUUGUACAGCACCAUGGGGCUGGGAUGAGGGUUACGAGGUGCUGGAUGUAAUACAAUAAUUAGUGAGUCACUUAGCAGCCAAACUGCCCCUCUGCCCGGGAAGGGCCAGGGUGGGUUAGCUGAAGGAUGUGCCUAGCUUGAGCAAAUCAGCAUGUUCAUGUGAAUGCUCUACAGGCAUGGCAUGACCAGGGGCUAGGUGGGGAACAGCUGUUCACAGCUGAUAGGCAUUAGCCCCCCCAAGGAUCACCAGCCCCUAACUUACUGCCUGUUCUCCACAACAACUCAUUUCCCCUCCCAGUCGUGGGGGGACAGGUGCCUACUUGUAGACAGGGCUGUGGUUCAGUCUCUGCUAGGGGGGCUACAGCAAGGGCCUAGAGGGAAAUGCUCAAUCAAAACUGCCUGCCCUAGCCCAUAGUAGACAGGGUAGCAGGUGCUUUCCCAGCAGUAGUUUAGACCUACACUGGUGCUGGGCUGGAGGAGAAGCUUUGGUACAAGAGUAAAUGGGCCUUGGUACAGCAAAGCCAGUGUGGAGACCUUGUAAAUGCUGUUGUGCAAGCUCCUGUAUCUAGAGUGUGCCCCAGGAAUAAAGGUGUAGAUACCCACCCAUGGUGUUUUGUAAAACACAAGUCAGAGGGUAGGGGAAGCCCUGCCGGAGCACUUUGAGCACUGAGCCAGAAGACAGCAGUACUCAGAUAUUUACCAACCCUCCACUGCAGCUCUUUGCCUCCACGACUAGGAAGCCACUCAUCUC